AUGGUCCGAUCCAGUAUUAGCGGCUUACUCGGUGCUCUUCUACUAUCCUCUGCUGUCAGGGCAGAGAAUAUCACGAGCGACGCUCACUUCUAUGGCGAGUCGUCGCCAGUCUAUCCCUCUCCGGAGGCCACGGGAACCGGACCCUGGGCCAUUGCUUACGGGAAGGCCCGCACCUUUGUAGCGAGCUUGACGGCGGAAGAGAAGGUUAAUUUGACAGCCGGUAUCACGGCUGAUAGUGGCUGUGCGGGUACUAUUCCCGCCAUCCCUCGCGUGGGAUUUCCCGGAUUAUGUGUGACAGAUGCUGGGAAUGGAGUUAGAGGCACGGACUACGUCAAUGCUUGGUCAAGUGGGAUGCAUGUUGGCGCGAGUUGGAAUAAGAGACUAGCUAGGCAACGCGCCAUCCAUUUGGGCUACGAGUAUCGUCAGAAGGGUGUCAAUGUUGCCCUUAGCCCCGUGGUUGGCCCUAUCGGACGAGUAGCAGAGGGCGGCCGUAACUGGGAGGGCUUCUCAGUGGACCCUUAUCAAAGCGGAGUGCUUGUUUAUGAAACCGUGGAGGGAAUGCAAUCCACAGGCGUCGGGGCAUGCACCAAGCACUUCAUUGCCAACGAGCAAGAAAUUAACCGUAACCCCGAAACCGAUGAUCAGGGAGAGUAUGUGGAGUCUGUCUCGUCCAACAUCGACGAUAAGACGAUGCACGAGCUGUAUCUCUGGCCCUUCCAGGACGCCGUACUGGCCGGGAGUGCUUCGAUCAUGUGCUCCUACCAGCGCAUCAACAACUCGUACGGAUGCCAGAACAGCAAGGCCCUCAAUGGGUUGCUCAAGGAAGAGCUAGGCUUCCAGGGAUAUGUGAUGACGGAUUGGUAUGCCCAACAUGGUGGCAUCGCGUCAGCCAACGCCGGCCUGGAUAUGGCAAUGCCGUAUAGCGAUUUCUGGAACUCUAACCUUACAGACGCUAUUGCUAAUGGCACGAUGGAGGCCUCUCGAUUGGAUGACAUGGCUACUAGGAUUAUCGCAACCUGGUAUCACCUUGGUCAGGACACCUACUUCCCAGAUCCGGGAGUGGGGAUGCCCAAGGAUGUGGAAGCUGAGCACCAACGUGUCAUUGCUACCUCCCCGGCUUCCAAGGAUACGCUCCUACAGAGCGCCAUCGAGGGUCACGUUCUGGUCAAGAACACCAACGGCGCCCUUCCAUUGAACUCCCCGCGUCUCGUGUCGGUAUUUGGAUAUGACGCUAAGGGCCCAGACGCUCUGCAGUUUAGCACUAUCAGCUUCCAGUCAUCUUACCCGGCCAUUCAAAAGAACCAUACCCUGUGGGUAGGUGGCGGAUCUGGAGAGAAUUCGCCGGCGUACGUCGACGCGCCCAUUGACGCUUUGCAGCGACAGGCAUACGAGGAUGGCAGCUCAAUCCUAUGGAACUUUGACUCGAUUAAUCCUCAGCUUGAUUCGACGAGCGAUGUCUGUCUGGUUUUCAUCAACAGCUACGCCACCGAGAGCCAGGAUCGGCCCGGACUCACAGAUGAAUACAGUGACAUUCUCGUGACCAAUGUAGCCAACAAAUGCAACAAUACUGUGGUUGUGUUGCAUAAUGCUGGUAUUCGUCUCGUGGACGCUUGGGUUGAGCAUGAGAAUGUCACAGCGGUGAUCUUCGCCCACCUCCCCGGACAAGACACCGGCAGAGCGGUUGUUGACUUGCUGUACGGCCGGGCAAAUCCCUCCGGACGCCUACCCUACACGGUUGCUCGCCAAGCUGAGGACUAUGGCUCAUUGUUGCACCCUGCGCAGCGCGAGGGCGAUUACUGGCUCUUCCCGCAGUCCAACUUCAGCGAAGGUGCGCUUAUUGACUACCGUGCUUUCGAUGCCCAGAACAUCACACCCCGCUACGAAUUCGGAUACGGUUUAUCGUACACGACAUUCGACUAUUCGGACCUGCAAACGCGUCGGUCCAAUGUCUCGAUCACGGCUUACCCCCCGAAUGCGACGAUCGAACAAGGUGGCAAUCCACGUCUAUGGGAUGAGAUCCUAACCGUGUCUGCGAAGGUGUCGAACACUGGCACGGUGGACGGAGAUGAGGUGCCGCAGCUGUACAUCGGUAUUCCUAACGGUCCCGUCCGUCAGCUGAGAGGAUUCGACAAAGUGCGGAUUGUCGCAGGGGAAGCGGCACCAGUGGCCUUCCCGCUGACACGCCGUGACUUGAGUGUCUGGGAUGUCGAUGCACAACAGUGGCAUUUGCAGGAGGGAGAGUAUAAUGUUUAUGUCGGAAGGUCGAGCAGAGACUUGCCUCUGAGCGGAACAUUUAGCAUUUAG